GUCAUGCCCGUCAUAGUAGAGGUUUUCUUGCACUUCAAAAACGUCGUUAUCAGUUAUCUCUGUGAGCAUUACAUGGAUGAGAUUCUCCACCAUGAUUGACUAUUUCAUCAUUAAAACGAAUGUUUCAGGAAGGCGUGUAACAGAUGAAUUUAUCAAGAUUCGCUCUUGGUUCAAUAUUCUGCUCGUUUUUUGUGGUGUCAUAUUUCAUAAAUAAGUAUGUCUUGUCUGUUUUGAAAUUCACAUAUCCAACCUUAUUUCAGGGGUGGCAGACCUUCAUUGGCGCUCUUUUGCUCUUGGUUUCUGGAAAACUAGGAUGGGUAGAAAUCAGCAGUUUCCCCAGGGCAGCAGCUUUGGCGUGGCUCCCUGGUUCAGUGCUAUUUGUGGGGAACAUCUAUGCUGGCUCCAGAGCCCUCUCUCGCCUGCCCAUACCAUUCUUCUUCACACUCCACAAUGCCUCUGAAGUCAUCUCAUUCUUUUUUCUGAAAGUGAAUCAGAGAGAGAGAAUUUCUUGGAUGAAAAUUUUCAGUGUAAGUCUGUUGCUUGCAUCUGCGAUCAACCUCCCCAUCCAUGAUCCGCAGUUUGAUCCUGGUGGAUAUGUUUGGGCUUUUGUUCACAUUUUCUGUGUUGGGGCUUACCGAGUUUUCCGGAAGAAAACCAGCCACCUAAGUGACCUGGAACAGCAGUAUAUCAACUAUGUGUUUAGUGUCCUGCUGUUAUCCUUUGCUGCACAUCCUACAGGUGACCUUUUUGGUGCUUUGGACUUCCCCUUUCUUAUGUCCUACGAGUUCCAUAGUGGGUGCUGUGCAAGUGCCUUGCUGGGCUUCUUCCUCCUGCUGGCUACAGUUAAACUGAGGAGUGCCUUACCCCUGGAACACUGUGGAGCUUGGGUCUUCCUGGCCAAGGUGCUGACAACGGGACUUUCUCCCCUCGUGUUUCAAAUUGAGGUUAACCCCCAAACGCUCUGCUGCAUCUUCUGCAGCCUUGUUGGAGAGGCCCUGUCAGUGUACUCUGAAAAGGCAUGACUUCUGAAGUGCAUCACCUAAACACCCGCUGCUCAACACCUGCUGCUGACAAGAAGAUCCAAGCACCAAGCAUCUCUUUUUCCCAUCAUUUUACAGAUCAGUGGGGAGUCAAAGGCAGCGUUUUGAGACGUUUCUCUUAUUUUUGGGGGGAAGAAGUUACAGAACACCUUUGCGUGCAACUUCUGCUCCGCAACUUAUUUAAAUGAAUUCUAAUUGUGCACUUCUCUAGUCCGAUUCCAUAUCCAUGAGCUUCAGUACAUUUCAGAAUUCACCUAGUCGCGGACGAUAGGUGCUAAGUAUUACGAGGAUUAUAACUGCUUAUUGUCAAUUUAAUUUUCUCUAGUCUCUGUUUACCUAGUUUCAUUAGUUUCUUACUAUUUACUUAGGCAUUAUGAUAGCCGUAUGUGUAGCCCCACACUUAUAUGUAGCUCUUUUUCUCUCUGUGUAUGAAAAUAUGCACAUGUAUACAGACAGAGUUAGUGCACCAAAGAUUUGAAUUGAGAGUAAUCACACCAUCAAACACAACCAUCUAUCACCGUGGGAUAUUUAUGUUAUAUGAAUGUUGUCUGAAUUGACUGAAAUGUAUGUGUUUCACUAUAUGUGCCUUAUAAAUUAUUGAAUUUGGAAACACUUUAUAUGAGAAAUGUGUAUUCCUCCAGAGAACUGUACCAGCUUUUAUAAUGGAAUAAAUGGAUGAAAUGGAA